AUGAUAAAGUACGAUGACACGAUGAUUUAUUGCCCUAUAUUUGCUUAAUUGUUCUUGAGAAAUCUUAUAAUUGAGUAAUAACCAAUACCAAUAUCAAAUGCAAAUAAACAAAAAAAGGGUUAAUUUGGUAAAAUCAAUGCGGUAAAAAAAAAUGAGAGAAGGGAAAUAAAAGGGGCAGUGGAAACUGAAAAUGACUGCAACUGCUCCUUUUUUUCUUUUUCCCUCUUUUCCUCCAUCACCGUCUCCUUCUCCCUCAGCUCUUCACUCUCUGCCUGACCUCUCAAAUCUUCUCCAACUUUCCUUCAUCUCCCGCUUCAUCGGUUCAUCACCACCUCUGCUUCUCUUCUCGCCGUGGCUUCUUCGACCGUCUCUACUCUCUCUUGACACUCUGUGGGGAAAGUUGGGCAGCCUUGAUCUGGUAUGCACUUUCGUUUCUCACCUUCUGGUUAGGCCGUCCUUGCUGAAUCUUCAGUAGUUUGGAAAGAGUAGUCAUAACCGGAGGUAUUAGGGGUCCAGAUUUCUGGGUCUGGUUCGAAUCUUACGUUUGGUUCGCCUCUUAUAGUGAGUGGGCAUGGUGAAAAAAGAGGAUGGCCCCAGUAAUUCUCUACCCCCGUGCCAAAUUCCACCUGCUGGUGGGCGCAAAGUGUUCUGGCGGUCAGCAUCCUGGUCCUCUUCCAGGACAGGGCUCCAAAAUCCAGGAGGUGAGCAGACAGACACUGUCAUGGAUCCUAAUGUUGGUGGUGGUGAAGUUGGACAAACCCGGAGGUAUCCUGCCCCCUUGACUCCACGCUCUCAGCACAACAGUAAAGCACGGGCCUGCUUGCCUCCUUUGCAGCCGUUGUCCAUUGCCCGGAGGAGUUUGGAUGAGUGGCCUAAAGCUGGUUCAGAUGAUCUAGGCGAGUGGCCAAUGCCGUCAACUCCUAGUGGCAACAAGACUGGUGAUAGAUUGAAACUUGAUCUCUCAUCAAUUGAGAAAAGCCAGGAUAGAACUGCUGGAUCAGUGAAGAGGGAUAGGAUUGCUGUGUUUGAUAAAGAAUGCUCGAAAGUAGCAGCACAUGUGUAUCUUGGAGGAGAUGCUGUGGCUAAAGAUAAGGAGAUUUUGAAACAGAAUGGGAUUACCCAUGUGCUGAAUUGCGUUGGGUUUGUUUGUCCUGAGUACUUCAAGGCUGACUUUGCUUAUAGGACACUGUGGCUGCAGGAUAGUCCUUCAGAGGACAUAACAAGCAUUCUAUAUGAUGUCUUUGAUUAUUUUGAGGAUGUCAGGGAACAUGGUGGGAGGGUUUUUGUGCACUGUUGCCAAGGUGUUUCACGGUCCACAUCAUUGGUAAUAGCAUAUCUUAUGUGGAGAGAGGGUCAGAGUUUUGAUGAUGCAUUUCAAUAUGUUAAGGCAGCAAGAGGAAUCGCUGACCCAAAUAUGGGUUUUGCUUGUCAGUUAUUACAGUGCCAAAAGAGGGUUCAUGCUUUUCCUCUGAGUCCAAGUUCAUUGUUAAGGAUGUACAGAAUGGCCCCACAUUCGCCUUAUGAUCCUCUCCAUCUGGUUCCCAAAAUGCUGAAUGAUCCUGUACCAUCUGCUCUUGAUUCUAGAGGUGCCUUUAUACUUCAUAUACCCUCCUCAAUAUAUCUUUGGAUUGGUAAGAAUUGUGAAGCCAUAAUGGAAAGGGAUGCAAGAGGUGCUGUUUGCCAGAUUGUCCGUUACGAGAGGGCUCAGGGUCCAAUAAUAGUAAUAAAAGAAGGAGAAGAGCCAGCAUACUUUUGGGAUGCAUUUUCAAAUUAUUUACCUCUCAUGGAUAAAUCUCGCAAUGGAGUAGAUGCAGAAUCUUCUAAGAUUUCCCCUGGGGACAGGCGAGUUGAUGCUUAUAAUGCUGACUAUGAGAUUUUUCAGAAGGCUACUAAGGGUGGUUUUGUUCCUCCUGUUUCAUCAUUUGAGAAUGGAACCCGGCUUUCUGCUAGAGAAAGUAACUGGAGUAUGCUCAGGAGAAAGUUUGCCCCUGUUGAUAUGAAAGAGUUUGCCUCUGCCCCCAGGAUAUUUCUCUCUCGUGUAUAUUCAGACUCUAUGAUGAUUGUCCAUUCAUCAUCACCUUCAUCAGCGUCAUCGUCUUCACCUCCUUACUCCUCUCCAGAUUCGACCACCUCUUCUGAUUCUAUCUCUAGCUCAAACUUCACUGAGUCCUCUCCCGGUUCUCCUUCGGUAGCUUCAUAUUCUCUGCCUGUGGCUUCUACUUUGUCCAACUUUUGUGACUUGACUGUUGCACCAUCAACCCAACUGUCUCUUAACAGCCAUGGGUCUCACGAUCAUGGCGUAAUUGCUCCAUCUCAAAUGAGUUCUCAGGUGGCGUCUUCACCAUCCAGAAGACCUUCACUUGCAGAGCGUAGAGGUGGCUUGUUAAAAUCCUCGAAGUUGCCAAUGACGUCUGAAAAGGCGGCCAGUGUGCCAGCUGGUUCUCGUUCAAGCAAAGAUGGUACCAGGGUAGAUAACAAUGGGUUCUCUUGGUGUGUUUCAGAUAGUCUAGAGAUCGUUUUAGAGUCUAAAGAUCAAGAUAAACGAGUGGAGUUUUCAACUCAGGCCAGUCUGCCAGCUGGUUGUCAUUCAAGCAAAGAUGGUACUAAGUUAGAUAACAAGGAACCCAGCCUCAUUAAUAAUUGUGAUAAAUCUGGUCACAAGCAAUCUCACAGUGAAGCAAUUGAGAGUUCCAGGGAGGAAGUAGUGUCAGCAGAGUGUGGCUAUGUACAACCUCUUGCAUACCGCUGGCCCUGUUUAGAGAGGAUUUCACCAUUCAGCAGGAAUAGUUUGAAUAGUAAUGCAGCAUUUGGAGUACUUAUCCCAGCUUCAAAAUUGGAUAGGGAUGCAAGGAGGAUUCUGUACUUUUGGAUAGGAAAGUCCUUUUCUUGUGGUAAGAGUUUGAUUCAGUUAGAAGGUAGCCAAGAAUAUGUGGAUGCACGGGAUAUUGACUGGGAUCUGGUUGGUAGUAAUUUUUUAACUCGUGUUGGACUUCAAAUGGACGCUCCCAUCAAGGUGCAAGUGGUUAAGGAAGGAGAGGAACCAGCAGAUUUUCUUGCUAUGUUAGGUAGUGACUUGUAGCACAUCGUGAAGGUGAUGAGCAAUCAAUUAGCAUAACUAUUCGAUUUUCUUCUGCGGAAUGCAAUUUUUUUGAGGGACAAGGUAUCUGGAAAUAGUUUGAACUCCAGCAGCUAAAACCAUGAGGUGUGCUAAGCAGCAGCAGCGACAAGUUGAUAUCCGGUCUUUGUUCUAACUGCCUAAUGCCGCCCUGGUUGGAUGUGUACAGUGGUAUAGCUGCGGGAGCUUGUCCUCUUGGUUAACUGCUUCUGUAAUUUGCCCUCUCCUUAAACGACAGCAGACAUGUUUCCUUGCCCAUGGAUAUUCCCUUGUUACAGAACUGUUAUAUUAGACGCUUUUCUGAUUAGAAACAAAAACCAAGGAUAUAACCGAAAACCCAGAUUCGAUUUCUGUAAAAGACUUAUUUUUUGUCCCUGUUGCUGCUGCUGAUCAAAUAAACUUUUAACAUCUUUUUUCUAUUCACUGUUUCUGAACUUGUACAUUGUCAAUUUGCAUCCUUAAGCUCUGUAUGGGUUCUGAGUUGACCCGAAAUUUCUUGACUUAAUAACCGAGUCAUCGAGCU